AUGAAACGGGAUGACCUGCAAGGCAUUCGAGGCCUUGCUAUUGGAGCAGUUCUCGCGUUUCACUUUUUCCCUAAAACCUUCCCAAAUGGGUAUAUUGGAGUAGAUAUGUUUUUUGUGCUUUCUGGUUUUCUAAUGACAAUGAUUUUUGGGUCCAAGCCAAUUAAUUCUGAUUCAGUUUAUCAAUUCUAUUUUCGUCGAGCCAAGCGGAUAUUACCACUUUAUUUAUUGAUAAUUUUUGUUGGUUGCAUUUUAGUAUUCUUUCUGUUCCCCAACACUUUUGUAUCAAUGAAUAUGGAUUCAGCAUGGAACUCUAUUUUCCUGUAUCAUAAUAUGGCUGAGCACUCGGAUAACAACAUGUACUUCAAAAUGUUGAAUCAAGCCGAAGAUAUUUUUACUCAUACCUGGUCGUUAUGCGUUGAAAUGCAAUUUUAUCUGCUAGCUCCCAUUAUAUUCAUCUUCCUUUCUUUCUGCUCAACUGGGAUGUUUUUAGCUGUGUUUCAUCUGAUUUUAAUUUCCAUAUCACUAGGAAAUCAUUUGUUAUCGACCGAGCAGGCUGCUUUUAAUAAUGUUUUCUGUCGAGUAUGGCAAUUUUUAAUUGGUUCCGCAGUUUUCUUCCUCUCGCGAGAACUCAUUGAUUUGGAUACCAAAGUUAAUAAAUACACAGAACUUCUAUUGGAGGAGAAAUCCGAAGAAUUAUCAGAUGAAGAAAAUGAGAAUAAUGAUGACGAAGAAUUGAUUAUGAAACCUCGACAAAAUUUGAGCAGAGCUCCUUUUUAUAUUUUACUUUGGUCUUCAUUAAUGUUUUUGGUAUUCUUGUCUUUUGCACCAUGGACUAUUCCAGAAGCGGCUUUGAGAAUGACCUGUACAUUCCUUUCCGGCGUUGUCAUUUUAACUGGAACAUUGUGCGACAUUAAUCCCAUGAAAAAUCGAGUAUUGGUGUACACUGGUGACAUUUCCUAUAGUUUAUAUCUGGUUCAUUGGCCGAUUUAUGUAUAUGUAAAACAUUAUUAUGAGAAUCAGUUGGCAGCUUAUCUCCUUGCAAUCGUAAUUGCAGUUAUUCUUGCAAUUAUAAUAUCGGAGACUUUUGAAAAAUGGUAUUUGACAAUUGGAAAACAGGAAAUCAUGUUUAUGAUCUUAAUAUUCUAUGUAUCUAUUGUGUUAAUUGUUGUGAGGAAAGAUAUCAUCUCAAAUUUUGUGGAAAAAGUUAAAUAUGGGCAUGAAGAGAUCAAGGUUCACACAACUUUUGAAAAUGUUACUUUAAAACAAGCUAUCGCACUGAACAAAAAAUGGGCUCGAGAGGAAUACAAAGAUCUAAUCAUUCCUAACUGUUACCCAAAUAAAGCAGAGCAUGGAUUUUGUGAAUUUGAUAAAUCGAAUCUAACCGGAGAUUUGACUGUUUUUCUUGUUGGAAAUAGCUUGACCCCAAAUCUAGGAUCACUUGUGUUUAAAACUUUCAAGAACCACGCAAAAGUGAUGUACAAAUAUAGUAAUUCUUAUUGUGAAAUACUAACGGUUGCUAAUGAGAAAAAAUGUCGAAAAGCCCAUGAUACUUACGAAGAAGAGGUGUUCAAAAAACUUCCAGAUAUUUUGUUCAUGCUUGAUAGACCAGACAAACUUCGACGGCCGUUGACCGAACCGCUGGAGAAAGAUGAUAUUUUCAAGGAGGCACUGGCAACAUUGAGAAAAUAUGAGAAUAAUGUGAAGAAGAAAAUUUAUUUGCUCGAAUCCUACACACCACCAACAAACUUAAAACUGUCUACAUUUGCAAAAAUCUUAGAGGAUGGGAAGAAUGUGACUCAGAGUUUGUACAAAGUUGAUUUCUCAUAUCUCAAUGGACUUCGAAGACAGGAAGAACUUGUGAAAAAGUGUUCAAAAUGCGAAUUAAUUCGUAUAUCCGACGUGUUAUUCAACGGGAACCGGACGAGAAGUUACGAUGAAAAAACGAAGUUAGGAUACUAUUACGAUGGACUUCACAUUACACCGUUUGCUCAAAAUCUCAUUCUACCACUGUUCCAGAAUGCUUCCGAUCAUUUUCAAUAGAUAAUAUUAUUUAUGUAUCACUUAAUUUAUAUUUCAGCCGGUUUCUCUUUCUGUGUAUGCAUUUUAUGCUUUAUAAUUUUUUUCGGGUAUUUAUUUUCUCUGCUCUAAAAAAGGCUUGAGAUCAAAAAUGUUUUAUUAGACAACUAAU